AUGUUGGACCCGUCGUCCAGCGAGGAGGAGUCGGAGGAGCUGGUGGAGGAGGAGAGCGGCAAGGAGCCGCUGGCGCCCGCCGCGGCGCGGCUCUCGCCCAGCCGCCCCGGCGAGGGCCCGGGCGGCGGCGGCGGUGGCGGCGCCGGCGGCGGUGGGAGCGCCGGGGGGCUGCAGCCCGGCGGGCGCGGCAGCAGCGCGGCGCGGCCCGCCAGCCCCAGCCCCUCGGUGGCCAGCGAGAAGGAGAAGGACGAGCUGGAGCGGCUGCAGCGGGAGGAGGAGGAGAGGAAGAAGAAGCUGCAGCUCUACGUCUUCGUCAUGCGCUGCAUCGCCUACCCCUUCAACGCCAAGCAGCCCACCGACAUGGCCCGCCGGCAGCAGAAGAUAAGUAAGCAGCAGCUCCAGACAAUCAAAGAUCGUUUCCAGGCCUUUCUCAAUGGAGAAACCCAGAUUGUGGCAGAUGAAGCAUUUAUAAAUGCCGUCCAGAGCUACUACGAGGUAUUCCUGAAAAGUGACCGCGUUGCCAGGAUGGUGCAGAGCGGAGGCUGCUCAGCAAAUGACUCCCGGGAGGUCUUCAAGAAGCACAUUGAGAAGAGAGUGCGCAGCCUGCCAGAAAUCGAUGGCCUCAGCAAGGAGACAGUCCUGAGCUCCUGGAUGGCAAAGUUUGAUGCUAUUUACCGUGGGGAAGAGGAUCCCCGGAAGCAACAGGCCAGGAUGACAGCGAGCGCUGCCUCGGAGCUCAUUCUCAGCAAGGAGCAGCUCUAUGAGAUGUUCCAGAACAUUUUGGGGAUCAAGAAAUUUGAGCAUCAGCUUCUAUACAAUGCAUGUCAGCUGGACAACCCUGAUGAGCAAGCAGCGCAGAUCAGACGUGAGUUAGAUGGACGUCUCCAAAUGGCAGAACAAAUUGCUAAGGAGCGCAAGUUUCCCAAGUUUGUGUCCAAAGAAAUGGAAAACAUGUACAUUGAGGAGCUGAAGUCAUCUGUCAAUCUCCUGAUGGCAAACUUGGAGAGCAUGCCUGUGUCUAAGGGAGGCUCCGAGUUCAAGCUGCAGAAGCUGAAACGUAGCCACAACACCUCAAUAAUUGACAUGGGAGAGGAAAAUGAGAACCAGCUUUCCAAGUCAGAUGUCGUGUUGUCGUUCUCCCUGGAGGUUGUCAUCAUGGAGGUGCAGGGCCUGAAGUCGCUGGCCCCCAACCGCAUCGUGUACUGCACCAUGGAAGUCGAAGGUGGGGAGAAGCUGCAGACAGACCAGGCUGAAGCCUCAAAGCCAACCUGGGGCACCCAGGGAGACUUCACGACAACCCAUGCGCUUCCUGCAGUGAAGGUGAAGCUGUUCACGGAGAGCACAGGAGUGCUGGCUCUGGAGGACAAAGAACUUGGGAGGGUUGUUCUCCACCCUACUCCUAAUAGCCCAAAGCAGUCGGAGUGGCAUAAAAUGACUGUUUCCAAAAACUGCCCCGAUCAAGACCUGAAGAUCAAGCUUGCUGUGCGAAUGGAUAAGCCUCAAAACAUGAAGCACUCUGGGUACUUAUGGGCAAUUGGUAAAAAUGUUUGGAAGAGAUGGAAGAAACGAUUCUUUGUCCUGGUCCAGGUUAGUCAAUAUACAUUUGCUAUGUGCAGCUACCGGGAGAAAAAAGCAGAACCUCAAGAGCUGCUGCAGCUCGACGGAUACACUGUGGACUACACCGACCCGCAGCCAGGUUUGGAUGGUGGCAGAACAUUCUUCAAUGCUGUGAAGGAAGGAGACACGGUGAUUUUUGCGAGUGAUGAUGAGCAGGACCGUAUCCUGUGGGUCCAAGCCAUGUACCGAGCCACUGGCCAGUCUCACAAACCUGUGCCGCCUACCCAAGUGCAAAAGCUAAAUGCUAAAGGAGGAAAUGUACCCCAGAUAGAUGCUCCAAUCUCUCAAUUUUCUGGACUCAAGGAUGCAGAUAGAGCUCAAAAGCAUGGCAUGGAUGAAUUUAUCUCUUCCAAUCCCUGUAACUUUGACCACGCUUCACUCUUUGAGAUGGUUCAGCGCCUCACUUUGGACCACAGACUUAAUGAUUCCUAUUCUUGUCUGGGCUGGUUUAGUCCUGGCCAGGUCUUUGUGCUAGAUGAGUAUUGUGCACGUAAUGGAGUGAGAGGCUGUCACAGACAUCUCUGCUACCUCAGAGAUUUGCUAGAGCGCGCAGAAAACGGAGCUAUGAUUGACCCCACCUUACUUCACUACAGCUUUGCCUUUUGUGCAUCACAUGUUCAUGGCAACAGGCCUGACGGGAUAGGAACUGUGACCGUGGAUGAGAAGGAGCGUUUCGAAGAGAUCAAGGAGCGGCUUCGUGUGCUGCUGGAGAAUCAGAUCACACAUUUCAGGUACUGCUUUCCAUUUGGCCGUCCAGAGGGUGCACUGAAAGCCACUCUGUCACUGCUGGAAAGGGUUUUGAUGAAAGACAUAGUUACUCCGGUCCCUCAAGAGGAGGUAAAAACAGUCAUCCGUAAAUGCUUGGAGCAAGCAGCUCUAGUCAAUUAUACUCGACUAUCAGAGUAUGCCAAAAUUGAAGGGAAAAAGAGAGAAAUGUAUGAGCAUCCUGUCUUCUGCUUGGCCUCUCAAGUGAUGGAUUUAACCAUUCAGAAUGUAGGCCGGUUAGUCACACCAGCUAAAAAGUUAGAAGAUACAAUACGUCUGGCAGAGUUGGUAAUUGAAGUCCUACAGCAAAAUGAAGAGCACCAUGCAGAGGCCUUUGCUUGGUGGUCAGACCUAAUGGUUGAGCACGCGGAGACCUUCCUGUCCCUGUUUGCAGUGGAUAUGGAUGCAGCAUUAGAGGUGCAACCCCCAGACACCUGGGACAGCUUCCCGCUCUUUCAGCUCAUAAACGAUUCCCUCCGUAGUGACUAUAAUUUGUGCAAUGGAAAAUUCCACAAACACCUCCAAGACCUGUUUGCUCCACUUGUUGUUAGAUAUGUCGAUCUGAUGGAGUCCUCAAUUGCACAGUCAAUUCACAGGGGCUUUGAGCGGGAGUCAUGGGAGCCAGUAAAGAGUUUAACAAGUAAUCUGCCCAAUGUGAAUCUACCAAAUGUGAAUCUCCCUAAAGUACCAAAUCUACCAGUUAACAUCCCACUAGGCAUCCCACAAAUGCCUAGCUUUUCUGCACCGUCAUGGAUGGCUGCUAUUUAUGAUUCUGACAAUGGAUCAGGCACCUCAGAAGAUAUGUUCUGGAAACUUGAUGCCCUACAGACCUUCAUUCGGGAUUUGCACUGGCCUGAGGAGGAGUUUGGGAAGCACUUAGAGCAGCGCUUGAAGCUCAUGGCGAGCGACAUGAUUGAGUCCUGUGUGAAAAGAACAAGGAUUGCAUUUGAAGUUAAACUGCAGAAAACCAGCCGAUCAACAGAUUUCCGAGUCCCUCAAUCAAUAUGCACCAUGUUUAAUGUCAUGGUGGAUGCCAAAGCUCAGUCUACAAAGCUUUGCAGUAUGGAAAUGGGCCAAGAGUUUGCAAAAGAGUGGCACCAGUACCAUUCAAAAAUAGAUGAACUAAUUGAGGAAACCGUCAAAGAAAUGAUAACACUCCUAGUGGCAAAGUUUGUCACCAUUUUGGAAGGAGUCUUGGCCAAACUGUCUAGAUAUGACGAAGGAACUUUGUUUUCUUCAUUCCUGUCAUUUACUGUGAAGGCUGCUUCCAAAUACGUGGAUGUACCCAAGCCAGGAAUGGAUGUUGCUGAUGCCUAUGUGACAUUUGUCCGCCACUCUCAGGAUGUCCUGCGUGAUAAGGUCAAUGAGGAGAUGUAUAUAGAAAGGUUAUUUGAUCAAUGGUACACCAGCUCCAUGAGUGUCGUGUGCACUUGGCUGACGGACCGCAUGGACCUGCAGCUCCACAUCUACCAACUGAAAACUCUCAUUAGGAUAGUAAAGAAAACGUACCGAGAUUUCCGAUUGCAAGGCGUCCUGGACUCCACCUUGAACAGCAAAACCUACGAGACCAUCCGGAACCGGCUGACGGUAGAGGAGGCCACGGCGUCGGUCAGCGAGGGCGGGGGGCUCCAGGGGAUCACCAUGAAGGACAGCGAUGAGGAGGAUGAAGAGGAUGACUAGGGGAGCUGGAGCACCGCCCGGGGGUCGCCUGGUAUCCGUGCAUGUACCUCGUCUUUAACUCAGUUAGCCACAUUAGGAAUUUUUAUGUCAGCUCUAAAUGCCCAUGAGAAGUUUACCAAUACAAAUGCCAUGUUAGCUGUGUGGUAAUAAGAUUAGCACCUCUCUUUGAUUCAUCAGUUUCCUAAUUUCAUAUCUAUAUGUUCAUAAGCAAUAUGGAGCACCAUUGUUUAAUACUGUUAAUGGAAAAACUACAUAGAAAACAUCCUAGGUGUGUCCCUGUUAUUAAAGUUUAAACAAUGCUUCAUUAAUGUACUGUAUAUACAUUGAUGGUAAAUUGUUGUGAAGAUGAGUGACUUGAGUCCUUUCAUUUCUUUCUCUUCUGUGGAUGCCAACUGCUUAAAAUUAAUUUAAAAAAACAGCUUUGUUUUUAAAAGAAAAACCAGGCAAUUACAAAUGAUUUUUUUUUGUUCUCUCUGUUCAUUUAAAAACCAGAAAACAAACAAACCCAGACAGCCGUUUGAAUCAUUCUGCAUCCUUGUUAAUGUACCAGGCUCUUCCCUUCAAUAUGCAGUUAACUCCAUAGAGACUACAUCCCAAAGGAUUAGUCAUUCUAAUUGCCACACCAGAUUAAUCCUAUCAUUAUGGAUAUAUCAUGCCACAUUACAAGUCCAAAGCAGUUGUUUUAUGUUGAUGUUUGCUCCUCUAAAUGUUACAUUUUUGUUUAAAUUUCAAAUAACCGUGUAUGUACAAAGACAACUUUAAUUACAAUCUUAGACUCUACAAAUGUGUUUAUAAUAAUAUACUGAAUAUUUAUUUCGGUAGAUUGUAACCAUAAUUUACAAUUCCUCUGUUUCACAAUGGUUUUUAUAUAUGUCAUGUACAUUGCAUUUUGACCAGUAACUGCAUGUCCAUCAGUUCCUUCUCCAGAGCUUUUACUUUCUGUGUAAAAUAGUGAUCCAUCUUGCUUUUUUUGCCUUAUACAAGCCGACAGUUGUAAAAGUGUGAGAACUGUGGCUUCUCAAUAAAUAACUAUUCAGAUGUCCUAAUAAUAAAUUAUGGAGUCUUUUUAUGUCUGCCUUAGAAAAAAAACCAAACCAAGCUGAGAUGUAAGAGCCCCAACCUCACAGAAUAAAGGCAUUUUUUUUUCUCA